AUGUCUCAGACCACCAAGUCCGCCUCCAGCCAGGGCACCGAUGCCAAGGACAAGGGAGCCCCGGCCCCCGCUGCCUCCAGCAAGGCCACCAAGACCGGGGAGCCCGGCAUGGGAUCCUACAGAAUCAUGAUGUUCGACCAGGAGAACUUCCAGGGCCGCAUGAUGGAGGUCCAGAACGAGUGCAUGAACGUGUGUGAGCGCGGCCUGGACCGCGUGCGCAGCAUCAUCGUGGAGUGCGGCCCCUUCGUUGCCUUCGAGCAGACGAACUUCCGCGGGGAGAUGUUCAUCCUGGAGAAGGGAGAGUAUCCUCGCUGGGACACCUGGAGCAACUCCUACCGCAGCGACUGCCUCAUGUCCCUCAGGCCCAUCCGCAUGGACAGCCUGGAGCACAAGAUCUGCCUGUACGAGCUCUCUGACUUCAAGGGCAACAAGAUGGAGAUCCAGGAGGAUGACGUGCCCACCCUCUGGGCGCACGGCUUCUGUGACCGAGUGGGCAGCGUGAGGGUCCCUGGAGGAGCGUGGGUGGGCUACCAGUACCCCGGGUACAGAGGCUACCAGUACCUGUUUGAGUGCGGCGACUACAGACACUACAACGACUUCAGUGCCUUCCAGCCCCAGAUCCAGUCCAUGCGCCGCAUCAGGGACAUGCAGUUCCACCAGAGGGGCUGCUUCACCUUCACCUCCGCCAGCAAGUGA